AUGGGUCUUUUAUCGAUAAUACAAUAUUACAAAAAAAGGCCUUCUAGACAAAUCUUCAACUCCAAUCUGUACAGCAUAAACAAGCAAUAUAGUGCAAUAAAUUUCAUUCCUCCAGAAAGCAAUAUUAGAACUCAGAUAGAAAAAGAAACUGACCUCCGACAUUAUUAUGCUUCUUCGGUAGCUAAAAAGUGGUUUGCUGUAAUUAUUUUAGGACUUUUUAUUGGAACGUUAGGAGCAGUAAUGGCCCUGAUAGUAGAAGAAAUGUUCAUUUUAAAGAAUUUUGUUCUGAAAGAAACCUUGAAGUAUGGUUUAAUAGGUUCCAGUUUCGUAUGGAUGGUUUGGACAGUGUUUCCAAUAAUGAUAUGUUCAUUCGUUGUUAUGGAAUUUGCGCCCACACUUAGGGGUUGUGGAAUUGCAUCAGCUACUGCCUACCUGAAUGGAGUCAAACUACAUAACUUUCAUAAAGCAUCAACAUUAUUAUCAUUAUAUCUCUCAAUAUUUCUCAUAUCUGCAGCUAACAUGCCUGGAGGUAGGGAAGAAUUGGUAAUAUACCUUGGAGCUCUGUCUGGAGCGUUUAUAACCAGAGCGAGGAUUCCAUUCACGAAUAUAAGACCUUUCCUAAGCGUAUCAAGUCGAAUCAACAUGAGAACCCUUGUAGCGGCAGGGACUGCAGCAGGAGGAUCAAUCGCUUUUGGGACACCGAUAGGUGCUGUACUGUUUUGCUUAGAAGAAGGUUUAAGUUUUUGGAGCCCGGAACUUACAACUAUGAUGUUUCUAUGUACUAUUUGUUCAAAUUUCGUUCUACACUUGUUUUAUACUCUUUAUCGCCGUGGUAAAGAUUUUUCUUAUGAAAUCAUGCCAUAUCUAUUUUUUUCUGGAGCUAGGCACAUAUCCCUAACAUAUGAAUUUUCUGAAAUACCGUUGUUUAUAUUAAUGGGGAUCAUAGGUGGCCUAUUGGGAUCUUUUUGGAAUGAAGGACAAAUUAUUCUUCGUAGGUGGAGAAAUAACAAUAUUAAAACAAAAACGCUAAGAUAUCUGGAAGUUGCCAUACUUGGAUUAUGUUUAUCAUUAUGCGGUAUUUUGACUUUUCAUUAUUUUGGAGCGGAAUGCACUCAGAAAAUAGAAAAAGAGGAUCGGGAAGCGAGAAGCAGUCAUAUGAAGGUAUAUUGCAAAGAGGAUGAUGAAUUUGAAUCAGUCACCAUAUAUUUGUUCCAGGACUUAAGGCAUACCAUCAAGUCUUUAUUGGUAAUACAUAAAGAGUUAAUAAGUUUCUCAGUUGUAUUAUUUGGUGGCAUUUACUACUAUGUUUUUUCUGGACUUCAGUUAGGAACGUAUCUUCCCAGUGGAAUACUUAUUCCACAUUUGAUAUGUGGAGCAAGUUGGGGUUAUUUAGUUGGUAUUUGGUACAGUCAAGCAUCAGUAGCAGGAAAUAUUAUUGUUUCAAAAUACGCUUUCCUUGGAGCAGUCGCCCAAGGAAGUGGAGUCGCUCGGCUUACUUUAAGUUUGGGAAUAAUAAUGAUUGAAAGCUGUGGACAACAAAUUUUCUCUCUUCCGAUCUUUAUCAUAGUUAUAACUGCUAAAUGGUUUGGUGGAAUAUUUUCUAGACCAAUAUAUCGCAUAGAAACAUAUUUGGAAGGAUAUCCUUUCUUGCGUGUGACAUAUCUUCCAAUAAGCACUCCUUACAAGGCAAAGCAUAUCAUGAUUUCUUCAAUGGUAUCUUUACCUCCACGUUUGACUGUUAAGGAACUGGUCGAUGCACUUAUAUCAAAACAUCAAGUUUUUCCUGUUUUAGAAAAUGAAAAGGUUGUGGGUGUGGUCACGAAAUAUCAAAUAGCUGUUAUUUUGAAAUCAAAAGUCUACAAAUUUCCAGAUAAUAUAGAUAAGGAACAUCUUAUGAAUGAAAUGCUAUUAGAAUAUGAAGGUGAAAGUUUUGUAGAAUUAGAAGAGGUCAUACAUUCAGAAGAUAGUAUUCCUGAUGCUUAUGAUAAAGUUGAUCUCACUAACUUCAUGAGUGCUUCAACUUAUUUAAUCAAUUCGGAGACAUCUUUAAGAAAAAUAUAUUUAAUGUUUGUAUCACUUGGACUUUCCUAUGUAAUUGUUAUCGAUGACAAUUUCAAUGCUCAGGGAAUAAUCACAAGAAAGGAUAUAGCUUGUUUUAAAAAAAUAUCUCAAUUCAUGCUGAUGAGAACUGAAGUCCUUCCUCUCAGGCAUUGGUCUUCUCCCCUCACAGUUUAG